AUCUCGACUCCGAGAUUUCCGCAAAAGCGCUUCGUGAGAAGGGGCCGCUAUGGACCAUCGCGGGGUAACGAAGAUCAGCACCGGGACCACCAUCAUGGCUGUGGAGUUUGAUGGCGGGGUCGUCCUGGGCUCUGACUCCCGAGUUUCUGCAGGGGACUCGGUGGUCAACUGCUUCUAUAACAAGCUGGUGCCCCUGCACGACCGGAUUUACUGUGCCCUCUCUGGCUCUGCGGCUGCUGCUGAGGCCAUGGCUGACAUGAUCAAUUACCAGCUGGAGCUCCACAGCAUCAUGAAAGAAAGCAUAAAGGACAGAGACAAGCAGGAAGCUUGGAAAGAAAAGAAUAAAAAUUCUAACCAUCUAUUUCCACUAUCCCUGCUGUCAGUCAAGAUUCUGAAAGCCAGUAUCAUCAGUUCUUAUACGCCAUUUUCCACAUCUCAUUGCUACGUGACUUUGCACCUGCCAACAGCAUCACAGGAGAUAUUCAAAACCCAGGCUGUCAGGAAUUCUUACUACCCCGUCUGGAAUGAAACAUUUUAUUUCAGGAUCCAAACUAAAAUCAAGAAUAUCAUCCAGCUGGAAGUUUGCGAUGCUGAUUCAGUUACCAACCAUGAUAUUCAAUUGAUUGUUCUUUUUGAUUUGUCAAAACUCCAGCCUGGAAAUCCAGUCCUUGAGACAUUCUCCUUAAAACCAAAGAAACAAGAACAACCUUAUCGUUAUGAAUUUCUAGAAGUGGAAUUCAAGCUGUCAGAUGUGCAACUUCCUCCUGAGCAACUGAUUUCUAAUGGUGUCCUAGUGGCCCGUGAACUUUCCGCUCUGGAUGUUAAAGUGAGCAAGGAAGAUAAUGAGAAGAUUUUGAAAGCCAAUAAAAAUGUGGUCUUUUCAGUCGAUCAAUCUUAUGAAGGUACACAGAAGACAAGCAAAAAUUUAGAUUCCUUCCGCUUUCAUUGCAUAAAAAGCUUUGGACCAGUACUAAAAGUUAAAGUUCAGAACAUUUUACCCAACAAGGACAAUGAAUCUGAUUAUUCUUUAAUUCUCCCUUGGAAACUGCUUCCAGUUGGCCAUGAAGUCAAAGUUGAAUUACCAAUGGGGAAGGUCCAUCAAAGCAGGAGGAAAUCAAGGCUUAGUGCAAUGAAGAGCAUCCAGCAAUCCUCAACUGAUUGGCAUGGGGCUGAUUUUGAUUCCCAAACAGAUCUGAAACCAUGUCUGGUAAAUGGCUGUAAGUUUUCCAAGAAUCUUGACGUGCGUUUGGGUUAUGAGCUUUGUCCUGAUGAGCAGGAUUUUCUGCGCAAGAGGAAAAAGGUUGUUGCAGAUGCCCUGAAUAAGCUUUUUAAUUUAGGAGAGGAGUUACAAGAGGAUGAGGUCCCAGUGAUUGCUCUUUUGGCAACUGGAGGUGGUAUCAGAGCUAUGACAUCCUUGUAUGCUCAUCUCUCAGCCUUCCAGAAAUUGAACCUUUUGGAUUGCAUUACAUAUAUCACCACUGCUUCUGGAUCAACAUGGACGCUGACAAAUUUGUAUCGUCAUAUUGACUGGUCACACCAAAGUUUAGACGAUCACAUCAAUACUAUAAAAAGACAGUUGCUGAAGAACAAAAAUAAUGUUAUUUCUAACAUAAGAUUGAAGCAGUAUCACAAGGAGCUAACUGAGCGGAUCGAAUCUGGUCAUCUUUCAUCUUUUACAGCACUCUGGGCCCUUAUUCAGGAAGCUUUUCUUCACGAUAGAGUAAAUCCCAGUAAGCUCUCAGAACAGCAACAGGCUUUGAAUCAGGGGCAGAACCCUUUCCCUAUUUACACAGCCAUAAAUGUCAAAGAUGGAAAUAUCAACACUUUUGACUUUAGAGGUAUCUGGACUAACAUUUUCAGUCCAAAUCUCCUGGAUUGUUUGUACUGGACCACAACCCCAGAAGAAUUCUGGAAACGAUGGGUGACAGACAUGUCAAUAAAGCAUGAGAAUUAUUCUUCAGGUGUUUAUCCUGCCACGGUCUACAAGCCUCCAAGUUAUCACUAUGGAAAACUUUGUGAAAUCUUCAAUGACAUUUUAACUGAUCGUCCUUUAAAGGGGGAAAAUCAUAACUUCCUACAAAGCUUUGAUUUUGAUAAAGAUUACUUGGAUCAGAAAGAAUUCAUGAAAUGGAGUGAUACUGUAUUUGAUACUUCUUCUAACAAGUUGACACCAAGCACAAAAUCCCUCUGUUUAAUAGAUGUAGGAUAUUUUAUGAACAACAGUGGUAUAUCACUUCUCAAGCCAGAAAGGAAUGUGGAUAUACUUAUUUUUCUGGAUUAUGAGAUGAAUGGAAUAUUAAGGCAACUGAAGAUGAUGUCUGACUACUGUGAAGUCCAAGGUAUUCCCUUUCCAAAGGUUCAAGUGAAUGAGAAAGAGAGAAAGGAUAUGAAGGAGUGCUACGUUUUCUUAGAUGAAGAUAAUCCCAAGGCACCAAUAGUGCUUUGUUUUCCACUGAUCUGUCGCACCUUCAAAGAAUUCUCAGCGCCAGGGGUCAAACGCAGUCCUUCAGAAAUGAAGGAAGGUAAAGUCAAUCUGGAAAAAGGUGUCUCACCCUAUCAAACCCUCGAAAUAACCUACACUGAAGAAAACCUUGACAAACUGAUUAAUUUAUGCCGUUACAAUAUUCUUUAUAGCAAAGACUUCAUCUUCCAAGCCAUUCAAAGUGCCAUACAGAAAAAGCAACACAGUGGGUCCAGAAAUGAUAAACAAUGA